UUGGGCGGAAAUGAAGAGAUGAGGCUUCCGUCUCAUCGGUUUGAGCAUGCAGUGAGAUGUCAUCGUGGUUGCGUGAAACGCGAUUACAUAUGUAGUCGAUCAAGGGUAUGUCAUACCGGCGCUAUCCGUCAGCCGAUAGCCUAAUUUUAGAUCGUCGAGCUUCAACUCUGUGCCAGGAUCUGAACACGCUCGUCGAUGGAGAGAAUUCCGGUCCGCGAGGACUGCCUUCGUUGUGAAUGUCAUUGUCUUGUGCCAAGUUUUCGCGUCGGAAGCACGAUCACGUGGGUCUGACGUGACUGUCUGACUCUUGGUCUGAUCUGUAUAUGACAUCACCACUCGGGGGAGCCUUCUUUUGGAGCGCAUUCGAGCGUACUUUUUGAAUGCAGGCGUAGCUUGGCGGUCACCUGCACACUCAUCCCUUUCCUUUCCCACCAUGCAAACCACUAAAUCCCUCCGUUCGGCUAUGAAAACGACCGUGCAGCUGCGGUGUCCCGCGAGGCGGGUACUAGGUGUUCGAUUCUCCAGCACGAUGCAUGACAAUGACCCUGCGAUCCUCGAACAAGAAAAGAAGAGAAACAUGUCAGGAACCCAGCACAGAACUUCGACGCCGCACAAGCAGCAUGCACCUGGCUGGAACGAACAUCUUGCCAGUGCCUCCGAGGCGUCCGUUAAGGCGGACAAAUCCUCCGGGACCCCUAGUGACCUGCAGAAGACCACGAUCGAAUACAUCCAUUCGCGUCAUUCGCCAGACGAGGCUCACUAUGCCAAAGAUGAAGUCCUUGUUCGUGAAACUGUCAAGAAGACCAAAGAGUGGACUGAAACACAACUUGAGCAGACCGCGAGUGAGGAAUCCGUUAAGGCAGAUCGGAACGAGCACGUUUAAAACGCUGAAUGCAUUCGCGCUGUGUAUCAGUAACCGCCUCACCAAUGUACAUGUACUUCUUCCCAACCAAGCUUUUGAGACAUAAAUAUAUUGUAUUAUUCGACGACUCUUGAAGGUGGUCCAUAAUGAAACA